GUCGUUGACGUCAGUUUUAGGUGUAUUUGCUCUCUUAAGAUGUAAUCAACACCCAACUUGAUAAUCUCUCCAGGUCUCUAGUCUUAAUCAAACCCACCAUAUUCUCUCCUCCUCCCUUUCUACAGCCCUGUCCUAAAAUGGAGCAAAGGACUCUAGAGAUCAAACUUAUCUCUGCUAAGGACUUAAAAGAUGUCAAUCUCUUCUCUAAAAUGGAUGUCUAUGCUGUACUUUCAAUCUCAGGCGAUUCACAGCAACCAAAGCAGAAGACUAAGACGCCCGUAGACCAUGAUGGUGGUAUCAAUCCCACAUGGAACUUUCCUGCCAAGUUUAUAAUCAUUGAGACUCCAGCGCAGCAGAACCGUUUGAAUCUUGAUAUCAAGUUGCGCUGUGAGCGUGCCUUAGGUGACAAGGAUGUCGGUGAAGUCCACGUUCCUAUCAAAGAGUUACUGGAUUCAAUAAAUGGGGAUGGGAAUUCUAUGCAGUUUGUUAAUUAUCAGGUCAGGAAACCAUCAGGAAAAUCGAAAGUUGGUCCUAGUGCAGCUGUAGCAGCACCUUAUGGGGGACCUGGUGGCCCAUAUCCACCACCCCCAAUGGCUGCAGGUUAUGCUUAUCCACCUCCACCAUCAUAUGCUGGAUACCCUCCACCUCCUCCUCCAGGUUAUGGCUAUCCACCACCGCCACCAGGUUAUGGAUACCCACCAGCACAACCAGGAUAUGGGUACCCACCGCCAGUACAGCAACAACAACCAAAGAAGAGCAAGUUUGGGUUGGGAUUGGGAGCUGGAUUGCUAGGAGGAGCAAUCGGUGGGCUUUUGAUUGGAGAUAUGGUGUCUGAUGCUGCAGGUUUUGAUGAUGCCGGUGGAUUUGAUUUUUGAUUUCUUUUUAUUUUCUUAGGUGUAUCUGUACUUAUCUUUACUGAAAGCUAAUUUCUGGUUUAUAAUAAUGUUUGAGUCUUGACUUUUCAGAA